AAUAAUACUCUGCAUUUAAGUGGCGCAAACCUAGCAAAUAAGGCGUGUAUCUGAUGCCAGAAGCUCGUUAUAUACAAGUACUCGUAUAUGUUAUUGACCUCUGAGAACUGACAAAGACACAAGUGGAACGCGACUGUCUGUUUCCGGCCAGCCGCCACCGGCCUCCCCAUAAAGCCGUCGCGGAAGCUAUUUAUAUGCUCUCAUAUCCGUUGCCAUGGUCAGGGCUAUGAAGAGAAGACAGCUAAAAAUAACUGAUCUGAACUAUGAUGUAUUGAAACAUGUAAUUUAUCAUGUAGCAAAAUCAUCUGAUGGAGCCAAGAGCUUCUGCAGAGCAAUAUCUGUCUGCAGACUGUUUAAGGAACUUGCAGAUGAUAGAGACAUUUUGAAAGUUGUGACAUUUGAUGAUAUAAAGCUGUCCUUUAUCCACGAGUCGUUUUGGCUACCUACUGGCUUGUUGUGUACUUGUGUAGGGGCAGCAAAUUGGAGCGCUACUGACAAAAUAACUGAUUAUGCAGAAAUGCUGAAUGGGGCUCACAAGGACCUUAAAAGAGAUAUGCUCCGUGCAAGAGUGGUUCUCAUCGCAAAAAAUAUAGAUAUUAGAAUUGCAAAUACAAGGGCAAGGAAGAAGGCUCUAGAUGCAGCGAUAGAUGGGUGCAUGAAGGUAUGUGAAGUUGCUGACGCUCAAAUACAAAAACUUGAACAAUUCUUGCUGAUGCUCAAAGCUGCACAGAAAACUCUCAAUGCUCAACUUUUGCAUAAUGAAUGACUUUAAUUGGUCGAGGGAGAUGUCAUUCGGUAUAUAUCUCGUGCAUCGAAGAGGGUAGAAUACUAAAUGGAACACAGCCGAGUUUUUCAUGCUACUGGUGUAUAUUUGAAGAGCCGGCAUGUUCUGGGAUACUCUAGAGUGCAAAUUACAUCUCUCACUGGCGUUCUUGUUGAUUUAAUAUGAUGCUAGAGCCUUUAUGUCAUGAAAAGUGCAUCUCUCCCCUAAAAACAUACAUGUAGUGUUGAGGCUGCUCUAAUUGUUAGAUGAUUUCUCUCUUGCUCCUGUUUUUUGUCAAUAAAUUUUUGUUUUGUUAGUUAAGCUUCAUGGAAUCAGAAUAUUACUGACAGAUAUUUGGCAUUGGCUAAAUCAACUGAAUUUGCAGAAGUGUUGGUUGAACAGUUGAACCAUUUGA